GACCUGGGUUCACAAAAGCCUCCCAUCUGGUCCCCACGCUGCAGGCGUUGCUCUCGACACCUCCAUCCUUGCCAUCCGCCGGGUGUGGGGAGGCACGGGCCCUUUAAGAGCAGCAGGACCGGCGAGCAGAGGCUCGGGAGAGAACGCUGUCGCGCCGGACUAGCUCCGGAGGACAAGCGCUUGGGACCAGACUACGAGAACCCGGCGAGUUCAUCCAAGUGAGGUCAGGGCGACAUCUCAACCAUCCCUCUGCAACCGUGUCAUCCUUUCUGACCCGAGCCUGGCCUUCCUCUACUGCCCGCCCCGGCCUGGCCCCGCCCCGGCCCGGGGCCACCGGGACAGGGAGCCGGGGCGCCCGUGCCGCACCGGAGGCAGGUGAGGAGAGCCGGGAGUGUCCACCUCCCGCGCUGCGGCGCUGAGCAUCCGGGUCGAGCAUCCCGGUUGAGCAUCUCUGCUGAGCAUCCUUGCGUCUGGCGGAUCGGAGGCGCGUCAAGGUGACCAGGCCGGCUGUGUGAUGGCAGAGAAGGCACUGGAGGCCGUGGGCUGUGGACUGGGGCCUGGGGCUGUGGCCAUGGCUGUGGCGCUGGAGGACGGGGCAGAGCCCCCUGUGCUGACCACUCAUCUAAAGAAGGUGGAGAACCACAUUACAGAGGCACAGCGCUUCUCUCACCUGCCCAAGCGCUCUGCUGUGGACAUCGAGUUUGUGGAACUGUCCUAUUCCGUGCGGGAGGGGCCCUGCUGGCGCAAACGGGGUUACAAGACCCUUCUCAAGUGCCUGUCUGGUAAGUUCUGCCGCCGAGAGCUGAUUGGCAUCAUGGGCCCCUCCGGGGCUGGCAAGUCCACGCUCAUGAACAUCUUGGCAGGGUAUAGGGAGUCUGGGAUGAAGGGGCAGAUCCUGGUUAAUGGGAGGCCGCGAGAUCUGAGGACCUUCCGCAAGAUGUCCUGUUACAUCAUGCAGGAUGACAUGCUUCUGCCACACCUCACAGUGCUGGAAGCCAUGAUGGUCUCUGCCAACCUGAAGCUGAGUGAGAAGCAGGAGGUGAAGAAGGAACUGGUGACGGAGAUCCUGACAGCCCUGGGUCUGAUGUCCUGCUCUCACACAAGGACAGCCCUGCUCUCCGGAGGGCAGAGGAAGCGCCUGGCUAUUGCCCUGGAGCUGGUCAACAACCCACCUGUCAUGUUCUUUGAUGAACCUACCAGCGGUCUAGACAGCGCUUCUUGUUUCCAAGUGGUGUCCCUCAUGAAGUCCCUAGCCCAUGGGGGCCGAACCGUCAUCUGCACCAUCCACCAGCCCAGUGCCAAGCUCUUUGAAAUGUUUGACAAGCUCUACAUCCUGAGCCAGGGACAAUGCAUCUUCAAGGGCGUGGUUACCAACCUGAUUCCCUAUCUGAAGGGGCUUGGCUUGCACUGCCCCACCUACCAUAACCCUGCUGACUUCAUCAUUGAGGUGGCCUCCGGCGAGUAUGGAGACCUGAACCCCAUUCUGUUCAGGGCCGUGCAGAAUGGCCUUUGCACCAUGGCUGAGAAGAAGAGCAGCCCAGAGAAGAAUGAGGUCCCUGCCCACUGCGCCUCUUGCCCUCCGGAAGUGGAUCCUAUCGAAAGCCACACUUUUGCCACCAGUACCCUCACCCAGUUCUGCAUCCUCUUCAAGAGGACUUUCUUGUCCAUCCUCAGGGACACGGUCCUGACCCACUUGCGGUUUAUGUCGCAUGUGUUAAUUGGCGUGCUCAUCGGCCUCCUCUACCUGCACAUUGGUGACGAUGCCAGCAAGGUUUUCAACAACACCGGCUUCCUCUUCUUCUCCAUGCUCUUCCUCAUGUUUGCAGCUCUCAUGCCCACGGUGCUCACCUUUCCCUUAGAGAUGGCAGUCUUCAUGAGGGAGCACUUGAACUACUGGUACAGCCUCAAAGCGUAUUACCUGGCCAAGACAAUGGCCGACGUACCCUUUCAGGUGGUAUGCCCGGUUGUGUACUGCAGCAUCGUGUACUGGAUGACAGGCCAGCCAGCUGAGACCAGCCGCUUCCUGCUCUUCUCAGCCUUGGCCAUAGCCACCGCCUUAGUAGCCCAGUCCUUGGGACUGUUGAUUGGCGCUGCCUCCAACUCCCUGCAGGUGGCUACCUUUGUGGGCCCGGUCACUGCCAUUCCAGUCCUCCUGUUCUCCGGCUUCUUUGUCAGUUUCAAGACCAUCCCCACUUACCUGCAGUGGAGCUCCUACCUCUCCUAUGUCAGGUACGGCUUUGAAGGUCUGAUCCUGACCAUCUACGGCAUGGAGCGAGGACACCUGACCUGCUUAGAGGAACAGUGCCCAUUCCGGGAUCCACAGAUCAUCUUGCGAGAGCUGGAUGUGGAGGAGGCUAAACUGUACCUGGACUUCCUGGUCUUGGGCGUUUUCUUCCUUGCCCUUCGACUGCUAGCCUACCUUGUGCUCCGGUACCGGGUCAAGUCCGAGAGAUAGAGCCUUGCUCCCACCUCUCCUGGGCAGGAAGCCCCCAGCUCCAGCCCUUUGGGACUGUUUUAAACGUGUAGACUAGGGCACUGGUUGCUGGUGCGGCCGCCGCCCUCCUCUCCCUCAGCUGCUCCACAGGUUGGCUGUGGGCCUGGGCUCCCAGCCUCAGCCCUGGAGGUAGGGCUCCAGCCCUCCCCUUCAAGCCCAGGAGUCUUCCCAAGUUGAUGCAGUUUGUAGCUUCCUCCCCACUCUCUCCAACACUUGCAUGCAAAGACCACUGGGAGGUUGCCGCCCUCCUCUCUGCCCAAAGCACCCUCCUCUGUGUUUGCCUGGGAGCCCCGCGUUCUCUAGGCCUUGACUUACAAGGGAUCAAAGUGACCCCUUCCGGGGGUCCCCACCACACUAGUGUUUGUAAACUGGGUUGCUAUAAGGUUGGAGUUCCAGGGCUGGGCCCUGGUGGGGUCCCCAGGGAGUCCCAUCAUGGACAUUGGAUGGAGCAAGGAGGGACUCUGGGAGUCUCUUUCUCCUCCUCUCCCUCCUCCCCCCCCCCCCCCCCCUUUGGCUGAUUUGGACAAUGUGUUGGGACAGAAGCCGGAUUUUCUGUCUGGGUGACCACUCCCAAUCCUGGAGAUUGGAGAGACCAUGGGACGUCCCACUCCCUUCCCUAAACCUUCAGUCAGGGUAGGUCUCAACGGCACCUCUGCAAUAAUGUCUGUGUCACCUUCCCACCUGCCACUAGAACCGGAGAAUGCACUUUAUUCUGGGGGGUGAGCCCGGGAAGCCUCGGUCCUCCCUUUUCGCUGCUCCUGAGGCUCAGUUCCUCGGGCUCUUUUCCCCUCCAGAGUCACAGGCACACAAACGCAAUCAGACAAUCUUAGCCCCACACACGCACCAUCCCUACCGGCUGGGAAGAAGACUGACCGGCAGGGAGCUGACGGUGGCGGCGACGGGCCGGCCGGAGGGCCAUGCCAACCUCCUCCUGGGAAUCCCACUUUGGAGGCUAAGAAUGAGGCUGGUGUGAGCCGGUGUGGCUCUAGGCUCGGCAGGUGCCCCUCUCCCAGUCUUCCCUCUCUCUUGAGCCAGGGGUGGCACUGGGUACUUGCCUCCUGGAGGUCCAGGACCCAACAAGCACAAGAAUGGGCAGAGCUGGCUUCAGCCACUGCUCCCCUUGGCCCUCCUUUUGUGCUUGAAGAUGACACUCGCUCUUCCUCCUCUUCUCCAGCUGCCUGCUGCUCACUCAAACUUCUGUUCACAUAUCUUCUUCACUCUCCGGUCAGCAGCUGGUUCCUGGACACCAGAGCAGCAGGGCCUGGACACCAAGGUGGCAGACACACCUGGAGCGUGUCUGUUUUCUGGGUGGGUCCAGGCUCAUCCUAUAUCUGAUUUCCCCUCCCCCAGGACUCUCUCCCCAGUCCCUGUGCUCACUCCUCUGUACUUGCCCCAUUACACAGAUGCCAGUUGUAUUUGUGGGAUUUCACUCAUUAUUAAUAAAACCUAUAUUUAUACAGUA